AUGGCUUCACCCCUUAAAUCGUAUCUCGGCCGAUCGAUUGAUCUGUUACGACGAAACACGGCGAGAGUCGUGAAGAGUGAACCUACUCCUCAAGCUCAUCCUACAACUGUAUUCUCAUUUGAUUCCACAAAUCCACCGAUUGACGAAGUCAGUCAAUUCGGUCAUGGAUCAGAUUCAGAAGUAGGUGGAUUAUCCACAUGUAAUUUGUCCUUGAUCCCUUCUUCGUCGUCUUCUUCUUCUUCGACUAUCCCAACCUCAGGAAAGAUGGGAGAAGGUUCAUCGUCAAGAUCUGCAUCUGCGACAUCAUAUUCACAUAUGGCAUUUUACGGAUUUUUAUCAACGAGGGUACCACCUUCGCAAGCUGGUAAAAUCAGAACCGGAUAUGCUGGAUUCAGAAAUGUUUCAAAACCUACUUUAUUCGGUCAAGAUAUAUGGGAUUUAGAAUUAUACUCACAUCUAAAAGUCGUCGUUGGAUAUAGAGGUUGGGAAGGAUGGAGAAAUAGAUGGGUCGUCAAUAUUGGUAUUGAUGGUAGACCCAAGUCAGACGUAUUUCAACAUCGAUUGGAAAUUCCCUCAUCAUCAGAAUCAACUUCAUCUAGAUUACCUUUAGAUCCAUUAUCUUCAUUAUCUUCCUCAUCACCUAAACUUCAAUUCUCAACUAUACAUUUACCACUUUCAUCAUUUGUCUUGAUCAAAAAAGGUCAAAUAGCAAAUUCUCCUAUCCCUUUACCUAAAUCAUCUAUCCGUACAGUUGGUUUUGCUCUACUAGGUAGAGAUAGAGGUGAUGAUCCUGAAUUACCAUCUACCAGUUCUCAACAACAACAAGAAGGUUUAUUGAAAUCGUUUAAUUUAGGUGGAUGGGGUAAAACUUCAAUCGAAGAUGUCGAACAUGAUCCUGAGUUGAAAGCUCUUCUAGAAGAAGAUCAGAAAUUAUCAUCACCAUCAUCAUCAUCAGGAACGAAUAGACCAGCUGAACCUCCAAGAAAAUCAGUAGCUAGUAGACCUAGUUCAGGUGGAUAUCAUAGAGUCGGUGCUACUGAGGCUACUCCAGCUACUACAACAGCAGGUGAAGCGACCUCUGACACAGCGGGGGGUACCGCGCUAGAAGAGAGAGAAGGUUAUUAUGAACUUUGUGUCAAGAGUGUUGAAGCAGUUAAAUGGGAUCCCGAGAUGGAUGGUUCAGAAGGGGAUGUGCAGGCUUAG